UUAUCAAGUGCAUUGUAGACCACUGCAUCCUGGAAUUAAUGGCUCCCAGUCAGUUCAUCGUCCUCGCCACUUUGGCUCUUCUGCUUCCCUCGAUCGCACUGGCGACGCAGCACACCGUCGGGGAUGAACAAGGCUGGACCAUCAAUUUUGACUACAAGACCUGGGCUGAAAGCAAAGUCUUCCGGGUCGGCGACUCCCUGUUGUUCAAGUACACACCUCCGAACCACAACGUCUUCAGAGUGAACCAGACCGAGUUCCAGCAGUGCAUCAAGCCCGAAGCAAACCUGGCACUGACCACCGGAAAUGACGUCAUCGAGCUCAAGAGCCCGGGGAAGAAAUGGUACAUCUGCGGAGUUGGUCAGCACUGCAGCAACCUCCAGCAGAAGCUCGCCAUCACCGUGCUCGAUGCCUCGGCUCCUGCUCCAACUCCAACCACUCCCUCCAUCCCACCCCCAGAAUCCUCUGCCUUCUCCAUCAAGCUUUCCUCUGGAUCUCAGAUCUUUGUGGCCGCCGGUCUUGCUGCUGCCGUGGCUAUGGCCGUGUUCUAAUCACAUCUCGUGACUUUCAGCAUCUGUUUAUUCUGAUAUGGUCAGUUCAUGCCCCAAAAUAAUUUGAUUGCUAUAAUGUUCACUUUAUUCUUUCAUUUUGCAUAAGUUAUAGGCUGUCCUCCACUCUGAGGCGUCAUGCAAGGCUUUCUUUACAUCGUGAUGGAAUCGAAACAUUCUUGUUAUAUCCAAUUGUUUGAGAAUUAAUGAAAUUAUGUUCAAUUAUU